AUGAGCUACGGAGUCGGUGUUCGCAUUGGAGGCAUAAUCACGAUGAACUGGACAAGGACGAUGGACGGGAGAAAAUCGCGACUCCAUUUUGGGUUGAUCGAUAGAAGUCUGUAAAGGUAGCAGUGCGAUCUUGCCAGUUAAGAAUUAAGUAUAAAUCCCCGGAAUCAUCCCACAUGACAAGAGCUAGUUCUCGUACUAUCGCUUGCGUUCUUGUUGCCAACGGUAAACGGCAGGCGCUCCUGUCGUAGAAUUCGCUC